AUGGCUUCAGGGUCAGAGGAGGAUUUCUGCUGUAUUGUCUGUCAGGAGGUCUUCACAGAUCCUGUUGUUCUGUCCUGUAGCCACAGCUUCUGUAGAGACUGUCUUAAGAGAUGGUGGAAAGAGAAACCAACACAAGAGUGUCCAGUCUGUAAGAGAAAAUCUUCAAGGUUAGACCCACCUUUGAAUCGAGUAUUAAAAAACUUGUGUGAGUCCUUCUUACAAGACAGAGGUCAGACAUCAGAGACUCUCUGCAGUCUGCACCAUGAGAAACUCAGACUCUUCUGUCUGGACCAUCAGCAGCCGGUUUGUCUCAUCUGCAGAGAUUCAAAGAAACACACCAACCACAGAUUUAAACCCAUCGAUGAAGCUGCAAACGAUCACAGAAAGAAUCUGCAGAGAUCCCUGAAACUUUUACUGGACAAACUUGAGCUGUGUCAGGAAGUACAAGUGAAGUUUGAUCAGACAGUAAAACACAUUAAGGUCCAGACCCGACACACAGAGACGCAGAUUAAGGAGCAGUUUAAGAAGCUUCACUGCUUUCUAGAAGAGGAAGAGGAGGCCAGGAUGGCUGCACUGAGGGAGGAAGAGGAGCAGAAGACUAAGAGGAUGAAGGACAAGAUGGAGGCUCUGAGUAGAGACAUAGCAGCUCUGUCAGACACAGUCAGAGCCACAGAGGAGGAGCUGAGAGCUGAAGACGUCUCCUUCCUGCUCAACUACAAGGCUGCAGUGGAAAGAGUCCAGCAGCGCCCCCUGCUGGAGGAUCCACAGCUGCCCUCAGGAGCUCUGAUAGACCAGGCCAAACAUCUGGGCAACCUGAGCUUCAACAUCUGGAACAGGAUGAAGGAUGUGGUCUCCUACACUCCUGUGGUUCUAGAUCCAAACACUGCUCGUUCGGAUCUGAUCCUGUCUGAAGAUCUGACCAGUGUGAGACGAGGAGAGAAACAGCACCUUCCAGAUAAUCCAGAGAGGUUUGAUGAUUAUCCCAUCCUCCUAGGCUCUGAGGGAUAUAAUUCUGGAAUUCACAGUUGGGAUGUUGAAGUUGGAAAUAAUACAGUUUGGUUAGUAGGUUUGUCAACAAAGUCUGUUCAGAGGAAGGGAAAGAUCAAUUCUGAAUUAUGGGGAAUAGGCUUUUGUGAAGGUAAAUAUUCAACAGACUCACCCCCAGCUCCAGAAACAUUUCUCCGUGUCAAGAAAACACUCCAGAGGAUCCGAGUGAGUCUGGACUGGAGCAGAGGAAAGUUGUCAUUUUCUAAUCCUGACACUAACUCACACAUACACACAUUCAAACACAGUUUCACAAAGAGGAUGAUUCCAUACAUAAGCACCGUAGAUGAUAUCCCAGUGAAGAUUUUACCUGUGAAAAUCACUGUGAUAAAACAGGUCUAACAUAGCCACUGGUUCCACUGGUUCCAGUGGAUGGAUGAUACCUGGGUCUCAGUCAAAUCUGUGGACAACAUUCAGCUCACAUGAGGGGGUGAAUUUGCUUGACCCUUUGGAUUGUGCAGGAUUGUGAGAAUAAGCCGUUCACUAAAUCUGGAACAGGAUGAGUCAUCAGGACCUGGCAGAGUCAGCCACCAGAGCAGAGGCUCAGAAAACUGCUCAGAAAGUGAGACAGCAAUGUUGGCCCUUUUGUUGUGAGCAGGAGCACAAAAUUAGUCUGACAGGCUUGAAGACAUCAACAAUGAGUUACCUCAUAACAGUGAUGAUCAUGUAAUAUAAAUGCAUAUAUACUAAAGUUAUGACUUUUUCUUCAAAUAGUAAAAGUGAUAAAUUGAAUUGCUAAUUGGUUGUUUGGUUAGUUUGAAGGGCUUGGCACUAUGUGGAACCUUCCCACAAUAGCAGGAACUGUUCAGACGCAGAUCAGCUUUAUAUUAUUUCCAAAUGAUCCUUCAAAUAAAACUAAAAAUAAAACUUUC